CCGUGUCGGAACGGAGGCACCUGCAUCGACGGGGUCAACUCCUUCCAGUGCUUCUGUCCCGAUGGCUGGGAGGGCCGGCUGUGUGACCUCAGUAAGUUGGCUCUCCUCUUCCACUUUCUCCUCCUACUUUUUGUCUCCUCUUCUUCAUCCUCGUCUUCCUCCUAUUCUUUCUUCUCCUCUUCCUACUCUUUUUUCCCCUGUCGUUCUUCUCCUACUCUUUAUCUUCUCAUCCUCCUCCUUGUCUUUCUCCUCUUCGCCUUUCUACUCCUCUUCCUCCCCUUUCUCUUUCUCCUCUGUCUUCCUUUCCCUCCCGUUCUCCUCUUCCUCCUCAUAACACAGCCAUAAAAAUGUGUUAUUUUCCUUUUCUUCCUUCCUCCUCCCUCCCUCAGAUGUGAACGAGUGCAACCGUAACCCGUGUAAGAAUGGUGGCCUCUGUGUGGAUCUGGUCAACGACUUCUACUGCGAGUGUACCGACAACUGGAAGGGCAAGACCUGCCACUCCCGUAAGUGUGUGUGUGCAGGGCUCGACAUUAACGCUUGCCCGGGGCAAGUUAAAAAAAAUUGUCAGACAAGCAGAUUAUAUGGACAAGUUAUGGACAAGUUAAAAGAAAUCACGCGACAAUCACAAUAUCAAUAAAUUAGGCUACUCUGAAUGAAAUCAGAUCCAAGUGUCCUCCGGAUAUUAUUUUAUGAAGUGGUUCCUAGCAUCAAAUCAAAUCAAAAAAAUUUUGCCACAUGCGCCGAAUACAACAGGAGUAGACAUUACAGUGAAAUGCUUACUUACAAGCCCUUAACCAACCAUGCAGUUUAAGAAUAAAUAAAUAAAAAAGCUAAUAAUUAAAGAGCAGCAGUAAAAUAAAAUAACAGUAGGGAGGUUAUAUACAGGGGGUACCGGUACAGAGUCAAUGUGCGGGGGCACCGGUUAGUCUAGGUAAUUAAGGUAAUAUGUACAUGUGGGUAGAGUUAAAGUGACUAUGCAUAAAUAAUAAACAGAAUAGCAGCAGCGUAAAAGAGGGGGUUGGGGUGGGGUUGGGGCCAAUGCAAAUAGUCUGGGUAGCCAUGAUUAGCUGUUAAGAAGCCUUUUGGACCUAGACUUGGCGUUCCGGUACCGCUUACCGUGCGGUAUCAGAGAGAACGGUCUAUGAAUAGGGUGGCUGGAGUCUUUGACAACUUGUAGGGCCUUCCUCUGACACCGCCUGGUAUAGAGGUCCUGGAUGGCAGGAAGCUUGGCCCCAGUGAUGUACUGGGCCGUACGCACUACCCUCUGUAGUGCCUUGAAGUCGGAGGCCGAGCAGUUGCCAUACCAGGCGGUGAUGCAACCAGUCAGGAUGCUCUCGAUGGUGCAGCUGUAAAACUUUUUGAGGAUCUGAGGACCCAUGCCAAAUCUUUUCAGUCUCCUGAGGGGGAAUAGGCUUUGUCGUGCCCUCUUCAUGACUGUCUUGGUGUGUUUGGACCAUGAUAGUUUGUUGGUUAUGUGGACACCAAGGAACUUGAAGCUCUCAACCUGUUCCACUACAGCCCCGUCGAGAAUGGGGGCGUGCUCAGUCCUCUUUUUUUCCCCCUGUAGUCCACAAUCAUCUCCUUUGUCUUGAUCACGUUGAGGGAGAGGUUUUUAUCCUGGCACCACACGGCCAGGUCCCUGACCUCCACCCUAUAGGCUGUCUCAUCAUUGUCAGUGAUCAGGCCUACCACUGUUGCGUCGUUGGCAAACUUAAUGAUGGUGUUGGAGUCGUGCCUGGCCAUGCAGUCAUGGGUGAACAGGGAGUACAGGAGGGGACUGAGCACGCACCCCUGAGGGGCCCCCGUGUUGAGGAUCAGCGUGGCAGAUGUGUUGUUACCUACUCUUACCACCUGGGGGCGGCCCGUCAGGAAGUCCAGGAUCCAGUUGCAGAGGGAGGUGUUUAGUCCCAGGGUCCUUAGCUUAGUGAUGAGCUUUGAGGGCACUAUGGUGUUGAACGUUGAGCUGUAGUCAAUGAAUAGCAUUCUCACGUAGGUGUUCCUCUUGUCCAGGUGGGAAAGGGCAGUGUGGAGUGCAAUAGAGAUUGCAUCAUCUGUGGAUCUGUUGGGGCGGUAUGCAAAUUGGAGUAGGUCUAGGGUUUCUAGGAUAAUAGUGUUGAUGUGAGCCAUGACCAGCCUUUCAAAGCACUUCAUGGCUACAGACGUGAGUGCUACAGGUCGGUAGACUUAGUGUUCUUGGGCACAGGGACUAUGGUGGUCUGCUUGAAACAUGUUGGUAUUACAGACUCAGUCAGGGACAUUGUCAGUGAAGACACUUGCCAGUUGGUCAGCGCAUGCUCAGAGUACACGUCCUCGUAAUCCGUCUGGCCCUGCGGCCUUGUGAAUGUUGACCUGCUUAAAAGUCUUACUCACAUCGGCUACAGAGAGCUUGAUCACAUAGCUGAUGCUCUCAUGCAUGCUUCAGUGUUGCUUGCCUCGAAGCAAGCAUAGAAGUGAUUUAGCUCGUCUGGUAGGCUUGUGUCACUGGGCAGCUCGCGCCUGUGCUUCCCUUUGUUGUUUUCAAGCCCUGCCACAUCCGACGAGCGUCAGAGCCGGUGUAGUACGAUUCAAUCUUAGUCCUGUAUUGACUCUUUGCCUGUUUGAUGGUUCGUCGGAGGGCAUAGCGGGAUUUCUUAUAAGCGUCCGGGUUAGAGUCCCGCUCCGUGAAGGCGGCAGCUCUACCCUUUAGCUCAGUGCGGAUGUUGCCUGUAAUCCAUGGCUUCUGGUUGGGGUAUGUGUGUACGGUCACUGUGGGGACGACGUCAUCGAUGCACUUAUUGAUGAAGCCAGUGACUGAUGUGGUGUACUCCUCAAUGCUAUCGGAAGAAUCCCGGAACAUAUUCCAGUCUGUGCUAGCAAAACAGUCCUGUAGCUUAGCAUCUGCGUCAUCUGACCACUUCCUUAUUAACCAAGUCACUGGUGCUUCCUGCUUUAGUUUUUUGCUUAUAAGCAGGAAUCAGGAGCAUGGAGUUAUAGUCAGAUUUCCAAAUGGAGGGCGAGGGAGAGCUUUGUACGCAUCUCUGUGUGUGGCAUAAAUGUGGUCUAGAGUUUUUUUUUCCCCCUCUGGAUGCACAUUUAACAUGCUGGUAGAUAUGAGGUAGAAUGGAUUUAAGUUUCCCUGCAUUAAAUUCCCCGGCCACUAGGAGCGCUGCCUCUGGAUGAGCGUUUUCCUGUUUACUUAUAGCCUUAUACAGCUCAUUGAGUGCAAUCUUAGUGCCUGCAUCGGUUUAUGGCGGUAAAUAGACAGCUACGAAAAAUAUAGAUGAAAACUCUCUUGGUAAAUAGUGUGGUCUACAGCUUAUAAUGUGAUAUUCUACCUCAGGCGAGCAAAACCUAGAGACUUCCUUAGUAUUAGAUUUUAUGCACCAGCUGUUGUUUACAAAUAUACACAGACCGCCACCCCUUGUCUUACAAGAGUCAGCCGUUCUAUCCUGCCGAUGUAGCGUAUGUCCUGCCAGCUGUAUGUUAUCCAUGUCAUCGUUCAGCAACGACUCGGUGAAACAUAAGAUAUUACAGUUUUGAAUGUCCCGUUGGUAGGAUAACCGUAAUGUUAAGUCGUCUAAUUUAUUUUCAAAUGAUUGAACAUUGGCUAAUAGGAUUGAUGGAAGAGGCAGUUUACUCGCUCGCCGUCUGAUCUUUACAAGGCACCCCGACGUACGUCCACGAUAUCUCCGUCUCUUUCUCAUGCAUAGGGUUGCAAAAUUCUGGUAAUCUUCCCAAAAUCCACAGGUUUUCAAGAACUCCCGGUUGGAAGAUUCCCAGAGUCAGGAGAGAAUAAGUAGGAAAUAUAGAAUCCUCCAACCAGGAUUUCUGGGAAGCCUAGGAAUUUUGUCAAAAUCACUGGAUUUUUGCUACCCUAAUCAUACAACACAAUUCUCAGUCACCUUUUUGGCCCAUGAUGUUUGACCUUUUUGGGGGGGACAAGUAACUUGAGCUUUAAGAUAAGUAAAAAAUAUGUCCUACUUAUCUGAAGGACAAGUGGCUAAAAAAAGGUAAUGUCAAGCCCUGGAGUGUCUGCAUGUGUGCUAAUCAGAUGCGUUGAAUUAAAUGAAUUGUAUAAUAAUUUUAAUUGGUCAGACCGAGUUCUAAUGGGUCUAAGCGUCUUCGGUAUGACCUCUAAAAUAUGUGUGCGCACAGGUGAGAGCCAGUGUGAUGCCAACACCUGCAGUAACGGGGGCACCUGCUAUGACCACGGGGACGCUUUCCGCUGUGCAUGCCCCCCUGGGAGGGGCGGCAGUACCUGUAACACAGGUGAGGGGGUGUGUGUGUGCUUUUAUGCAUUAUUUGAAUAUCUCUCUGUUUGUAUCCCUGUCUGUCCGUCUUUCUGCCUGCCUGUCCGUCUGUCUUACUCUCUGUUUGUCUGUCCGUCUGUCUCGUCUCUAUCGAUUCAUUGUAUUCUGUCUAUCAUAUCGUGUCUCACCUCUUUUUUUUUUGUUGUCUCUUCCAUUCCAGCCAAGAACAGCAUGUGUGCGUCCAGCCCCUGCUCCAACGGAGGCACCUGUGUCGGAGGCGGCGACGCCUUCACCUGCAUCUGCAAAGAGGGCUGGGAGGGCCCCACCUGCGCCCAAAGUAAGUCGCUUCUUGGAUCCAACCACUGCUACCAGUGUAUCCCACUGCUGCCACCAGUGUCACGCAUAGAGACUACGUCCCAAUUAUCUCUUUCCUCCCAAAGUGUGAACAUCUUCACUGAUUUGAAAGGAAAUGACUGGUAUAAGAAAUAUGGUGGAAACUCCCUCUAUCCCAUGCAUCCAAUGCUUUUAGAUUUGUUAGAAGUAGUGAACGAGUGUACACUUCAAGAUAAAACAAAACCCAGAGAAACUGUUUUUCUCAGCACCUCAAUCAAUCUUACUCCUGCACAAAUCCAUGUAGAUAUGUCAAUUUCAAGGCCUUUGUCCUGACUCGAAUGCACCUAUGCAACUUAAAGAUUUUGCCAUUUUAGCUUAAUAUUGAGGUUUUUUAAAGCAUGGUUUUCACUUUCUUAUGGCUUUGUCUUGUAUUUUUCUCCACAGACACCAACGACUGUAACCCUCACCCCUGGUACGUGUGUUUCCUCCUCUCUCCUCCCCCCUUGUCAAGACUGGUGUCAUGCCUUUUCUCUGUUUUGACCCUCACCUUUGCUGUACAGCAACGGCCAUGAAUUGUCUCAACACACACACACGCAUGCCCCCCCCUCCAGAGCGGAUACGUCCAAAUGGGGGAGGUGGGGGAGCUCGUAAAAUAGAGGAAAGAUGUUCCUUAAUCCGAAACCCAGGGUUGGUUUUAAAUGAACGGGAGGGGACAAUGGAGGCUCUGGGGGCCUUAAAAGAGUCGCCCCCGCCCCAUAGAGAGAAGGACGACGGGGGAGCAAUCUCUCCUCCGCCUCCCCUCCCCUCCUCCUGCCCUCCCCUCCAUUCUUCACUGGUGACCUAGGGAGCACGGGAGGGGAAGGGGGAGGGAGGGGUGAAAUCGGGAGGAGUGAAGGGGUUGGAUUGAGGGGUGGGGGGUAGAUAUUAGCAUUUGAAAGGUGUGUAUUGAUGAGCAGAAUUUAGCCUUUGUGACCUGGAACCCAACUCAUACACUCGCACUCUCUCCCCUCUGCUGUUUCGUGUGAAAUGAGUCAAGACUGGUGUGCUCUGUUUUGGCCUAUCUAAUUUAACCUCACUGCUCUCUCACUUUCUCUUCUCUCUUUCUUUUUUCCCUCAUUCUUUUCAGCUACAACGGUGGUAUCUGUGUGGACGGUGUCAACUGGUUUCGAUGCGAGUGUGCCCCCGGCUUCGCCGGACCGGACUGUCGUAUCAGUAAGUCACAAUAUAGUAAUCCAAAUUAUUUUGUAGUGAACACGCUGCUUAUGCUCAUUGAAAUGUCCAGUGUAGCAGGCCUUUGACUCUCACACACACCAAUGCUUCAACUACCCGAGCUGUCGGGACACCACAAACGUAACCAUGACGACAAAGAAAGCACAGGGGGGAUAGGAAAGGUGGGCGACACGUCCCUUUGCCCUUUGACCUAUAGGGGAGUAGAGGUCAUCCUUCCUCUUUCUCUCUCUCUCACACACGCGCAAACUAUCUUUCUCUCUGUGUCUUUCGCACACACACGCACAUAAACAAACUGAGUAGAUUAAUUAUUCAAUGACCCUGAAAUUCCUCUCUCCUCUCUCGCCUUUGUGUCAGAUGGCUAGCGGUUGUCUUUCAUUCAGAGUUUUACACACUGUCUUUCUCACACUGGCUAGGCAAGAGAUCAGAUGAUCUUCUAACAUUGUGGCGUAUUGGACAUCCCAAAACUAUUCGAAUUUAGACUGCGUUAAAGAGCGACUGCCCCUAAAAAGCAACUUCUCAUUUUGAAAACUGCCAAUGUGUCAUAAAUUUGAGUCUGAAACAUUUUAUUAUAGUGUCAAAAUUGACUACAAAGUGUAAAUAGGAUAAUUUUGGUCUUAAAGUCAGAGAUUUGCGAGAUGAUAGGAAACAUUGUAUGUCACGGAAUGAAGGGUACUGUAACAGUUUUCCUUGGGUUGGGUUUAUUUUAAUCCUGCCCACAGCUGGCAGGUCCCAAAUGAUCAUCAAUUCGAGCUGAUAGUAAUGCCCAUGGUCAAUUUUGUUUGACAUUCGGUAUCCCUAUGGGGCUAGUUGGGGACCAUCAGUCAAUUACCCCACGUACAUGGGACAAUAUUUUAAAAUGUCAAUAGCUCCAAAUGUCAAUUACUUAACCUCAAACCAACUAUAAAUUGUAGAAAUUAAUUUGCAAAUAUUGAAAGCAUUUGAGACAACUAAAAGAUGUCCAACAUGAAAAUAUUGUCCCAUUUACAUUGUGUAAUUUAUUGACGGUCCCUAACUAGCCUCAGAGAUGGGCUAUCCAAUGUCAAACCAACUUUGCCACGGUCGAACUGCAGCCGGCUGAAGCUAAUUGGCGAAAGAAGUUUAAACCACUUUAUUUUGGCUUCAGUCAUGGCCUUUGUAUUUCUUAAAGACCAAGCGAGAAAAAUGAGGCCAAAUCAGGUAAUUCAGCCCCUCUUUAACCAUCCUUUAAAAAUGCCCUGUCUCAAUGAUACGUAGCCACCUAAAACGGGCCAACGUCAAAACAAUGUUGAAUUUUUGUCGGCAAUAAUCUCUAAUGGACAGAUCUACUUAAACAUACAGUGAGGGAAAAAAGUAUUUGAUCCCCUGCUGAUUUUGUACGUUUGCCCACUGACAAAGAAAUGAUCAGUCUAUAAUUUUAAUGGUAGGUUUAUUUGAACAGUGAGAGACAGAAUAACAACAACAAAAAUCCAGAAAAAUGCAUGUCAAAAAUGAUAUAAAUUGAUUUGCAUUUGAAUGAGGGAAAUAAGUAUUUGACCCCUCUGCAAAACAUGACUUAGUACUUGGUGGCAAAACCCUUGUUGGCAAUCACAGAGGUCAGACGUUUCUUGUAGUUGGCCACCAGGUUUGCACACAUCUCAGGAGGGAUUUUGUUCCACUCCUCUUUGCAGAUCUUCUCCAAGUCAUUAAGGUUUCGAGGCUGACGUUUGGCAACUCGAAUCUUCAGCUCCUUCCACAGAUUUUCUAUGGGAUUAAGGUCUGGAGACUGGCUAGGCCACUCCAGGACCUUAAUGUGCUUCUUCUUGAGCCACUCCUUUGUUGCCUUGGCCGUGUGUUUUGGGUCAUUGUCAUGCUGGAAUACCCAUCCACGACCCAUUUUCAAUGCCCUGGCUGAGGGAAGGAGGUUCUCACCCAAGAUUUGACGGUACAUGGCCCCGUCCAUCGUCCCUUUGAUGCGAUGAAGUUGUCCUGUCCCCUUAGCAGAAAAACAUCCCCAAAGCAUAAUGUUUCUACCUCCAUAUUUGACGGUGGGGAUGGUGUUCUUGGGAUCAUAGGCAGCAUUCCUCCUCCUCCAAACACGGCGAGUUGAGUUGAUGCCAAAGAGCUCAAUUUUGGUCUCAUCUGACCACAACACUUUCACCCAGUUCUCCUCUGAAUCAUUCAGAUGUUCAUUGGCAAACUUCAGACGGUCCUGUAUAUGUGCUUUCUUGAGCAGGGGGACCUUGCGGGCGCUGCAGGAUUUCAGUCCUUCACGGCGUAGUGUGUUACCAAUUGUUUUCUUGGUGACUAUGGUCCCAGCUGCCUUGAGAUCAUUGACAAGAUCCUCCCGUGUAGUUCUGGGCUGAUUCCUCACCGUUCUCAUGAUCAUUGCAACUCCACGAGGUGAGAUCUUGCAUGGAGCCCCAGGCCGAGGGAGAUUGACAUUUAUUUUGUGUUUCUUCCAUUUGCGAAUAAUCACACCAAUUGUUGUCACCUUCUCACCAAGCUGCUUGGCGAUGGUCUUGUAGCCCAUUCCAGCCUUGUAUAGGUCUACAAUCUUGUCCCUGACAUCCUUGGAGAGCUCUUUGGUCUUGGCCAUGGUGGAGAGUUUGGAAUCUGAUUGAUUGCUUCUGUGGACAGGUGUCUUUUAUACAGGUAACAAACUGAGAUUAGGAGCACUCCCUUUAAGAGUGUGCUCCUAAUCUCAGCUCGUUACCUGUAUAAAAGACACCUGGGAGCCAGAAAUCUUUCUGAUUGAGAGGGGGUCAAAUACUUAUUUCCCUCAUUAAAAUGCAAAUCAAUUUAUAACUUUUUUGACAUGCGUUUUUCUGGAUUUGUUGUUGUUAUUCUGUCUCACUGUUCAAAUAAACCUACCAUUAAAAUUAUAGACUGAUCAUUUCUUUGUCAGUGGGCAAAUGUACAAAAUCAGCAGGGGAUCAAAUACUUUUUUCCCUCACUGUAACUACUACCGUAGAAUCUGUUGUGAAUGGAAUUGGAUGUGUGAGAUAACGAGCAGCAGUAGUUCCGGUGUUUGGGUUUUUCGUCACAGGUUAUUUGGACAAAUGACGAUUUCGUAGGUGUUAGCGUCUUUCAAUUUUCAGAAGGGGAGGGGACAUUCGGCUCAUAACUUGCAAGGAGAGAGGGUGGAGCUCCUCGUUCUAGCAUCUCUUAAUCCCUUCUCUUAACAUGUGGGUUAACAGAGUACUCCAAACCAACACGAGACAUUUGAUCGAACGUUUGUGCAACUAAGGUACAAUCUCACGUAGUGUGUUCAGAGUUGUCAUCGAGUGGGUAACGCUCCCGGCAAGCACAUAAACAUGCCUCCCCACCGGAUACCUGGGUUCAAUCGCAGUCUCCAUCCUUCCUCUCCCCAUCUGUUUCAUGUCUGUCUGUAAAGCCUCCCGAGUGGCACAGCGGUCUAAGGCACUGCAUCGCAGUGCUUGAGGCGUCACUACAGACCCAGGUUCGAUCCCAGGCUGUGUCACAACUGGCCGUGACUGGGAGUCCCAUAGGGUGUCGCACAAUUGGCCCAGCGUUGUCCUGGUUAGGGGAGGGUUUGGCUGAGGGGGCUUUACUUGGCUCAUCGCUCUCUAGCGACUCCUUGUGGCGGGCGGGUGUUAAGCGUGCGGACUCAUGACUCGACCUUCGCCUCUCCCGAGCCCGUUGGGGAGUUGCAGUGACGAGACAAGAUUGUAAUUGUAUCACAAUUGGGGAGAAAAAGGGGGUAAAAAACCACCCACUUCUGUAAUAAUUAUCUCACUUCCACUCAUCUUCUCCUCCUCUCUCAUUCAGAUAUAGAUGAGUGCCAGUCGGCUCCCUGCGCGUACGGCGCCACCUGUGUGGAUGAGAUCAACGGCUUCCGUUGCGUCUGCCCGCUCGGACGAACGGGCCCACAAUGCCAAGAGUGUGAGUCUCACUCCUCCCUCGUGGCACACACACAAACACACAUGAGGAGGAGUGUCACUUCAUUAGAGAAUAAAGGCCUUCAUGUCUUGUUAGGGCAACAUGAUCUUACUGUCUGCCUAGACACGAUUGACCUUAGCCUCUGAGUUUACGUCAGUUGAUUGACAGCAGUGUGUUUCUGUGUGUGUGUUUGUAGUUAUAGGUAUCAGGAAGACCUGCCACUAUGCCGGCCUGCAGUUCCCUCAUGGCAGUCGCUGGGAAGAGGAGUGCAACAACUGCCAAUGUGUCGAUGGCAAAGUGGAGUGUACCAAGGUGAGUGUACACACUCGCACCUAAUUCACACAUACACAAACACACACUGUACACACACAUCAUGCGCGCACACACCACACACUCAUUCCUAAUAAAUUUAACGAUUUGGGACUUCAAUACCUGGAGCAUACAACACUGAAAUGGGGCCUGUUAUUGGUCCACAGGCUUAUGGGUGACCCCUCCCUCUGACCCUCUGACCUUUGACCCCAACAGGUGCUUUGCGGGCGGAGGACGUGCCUUCUCCCAGGGUCGGCGAAGUCGACGGGCGAGGAAUGUGCCCAGGCGUGCCCAGGCGGACGAGAGUGCCAGGAGCACAGCUACCUCGCCUGCUUCUCGCCGCCCUGCCACCGGUGGGGGGUGUGCUCGUCCUCCUCCUCGGGUGGUGGUGAGCCCGCGCCCCACGACCACACAGAGUGUCAGCCCAACAGUGGGCACCUGGACAACAGCUGUGCCCGCAUCACGCUCAUCUUCAACCGAGCCAAAGUGCCAGUGGUGAGUGUCUUUGUACACACCAAUGGUUGAUAUUAUCAGCAUAGAAUGGAAGUACCAGCUUUUGGUGAUCUCUCCAUACCUUUAUAGUAAGCCCUGUGGUGCAAGUUGCUCUCCUCCUACGUUCACUUAUUGUGUGUAAUCUCCAGGGCACGACGGUGGAGAACAUCUGUUCAGAGCUGAGGUACCUGCCUGCCACCCGAUCCCUGGCCAAAGACCACGCCCUCCUUGUGCUGUGUGACCUCUCCUACACCAAUCAGGAUGCAGUGGAAGUGGCCAUAGUAAGUCCGCUCCCCUGGCUAGCCAAUCGAAAUCAAUUCCUCACCUCUGGGACUUCCGUCAUUAGGGACGAAUGUUAACUGCAGGUUGUUGUGCUUUUCCGACAUUCUGGUAAAUCAUGCAUUGAUGUCAAUGGGAGAUUCAUGCAGGGGCGCUACUUUGGUUUUAGAAGUGAGGGAGACAACUUGGCUGGGGGGUCUGAGGGUCCUCCCAAUUUUUGGGGCAUCUAAAGCUCAUUUCCUGAAUUUCUACGCAAUCUAAUAUGAUGCAUGGUCGUUCUAGCCGUCUCUAUUUAGAACAACAAAAAGUAAGCAAAAAUACCCACAGUCAUCAAGCAAGGUGAGACCAUUAUUAAAUAUGUUUAAGUGAUUGAUAAGACUGAACUAGAUCAAUGAUAAUUCAAUAGUCAAUAUUGUGUUUCACCUUUAACCAAUAGCCUCACAAGUGAACAACUCUUACAAAUAAAGUACAAACACCUAACUUGUUUCUUUACGACAUCCUCUAUCAAAUUUCAGCCAGACCGCCCAGCCAACCCGAGCCGCCUGCAAGCCCGACCCCCACCAGUCUAGUCAAUAACUCAACUCUCUCCCCAACACAACUUCCUUCCCAUUUUUUUUUUAUGUAUCAAGGGAAAGGUUUGGAAAUCAAACGUUUAAUAAAAACACACAUUCACCUACACAUUAACACACAGAAACAGUACAUCAUCCAUAUAAUUAAUAUCAUAGGCCUAAUAAUACUGUAGAUCUCUUUUUAGCUGGGUCACCCCGUCCUGCCCCUAGGGGACCAUGGCCCUGCAGCGCCCCACCCCACUCAGCUUUAGGAUCUUAGUGAAACAUUAAUUAUUGGUUUCAGGUAUGAUAGGCCAAGGCCAGAGUGACAACCAACAGUACGGCAGACCCCCAGGGCCAGGACUGAGCAGCCCAGCAGCUAGGGAUUGCCUAAAUAGAUAUCUUCCCUGAAAUGUUUUCAAUACAGACUCCUUUUGUCGUACAGUAUUCCAUAUAACGCAUCCAGUAUACCCUUAAUCUUGUAAUAAAUCAAAUCAAGUGAUGCAUAACUUGACAUUUUUGCCAUCCCAUUGUGACAUUGUGGGAGGAUAACCAAUCUUACAAUUAAUGGCAAUGCAUUUCUUAGCCGCUAUAAAUGCUAGGUUACACAGUUUCCUCUGAUAAGUCUCCAGUAUCAACAUUUCCAAGGAAACAAAAACAGGGAGAAUCUGUAGACAUGCUGAGAUAAAAGAACAUAGUCUUUGCCAGAAUUCAGCCAGCCUUCACAAGACCAUAAUAUAUGCAAAUAUGUCCCCUUUUGUUUUACACCUCCAGCAGAAGAAUUACAUUUCUGAGUGCAUGAUAUUCAGUUUAACUGGCAUAUAGUGCCUUCUAUGGAAGGUCUUAAACUGCAGUAAUUUGUCAGAUUAUAUGAACAUGACUGGGCAUUCUAAAGUAUUUGUAUCCAUUCAUCAUCAAUAGCGUCUCCCAGGUCUUCCUUUUUGUUUUACAUAUUUUGUGUCAUCGGGAAAAGCCGCUAUCAACCCUUGAUACAGUUUGGAAAUCAACUUAGAGGUUUGUCAGACUGCCUUAAAAUAGUUUCAAUCUUUAAAGCUUCUUGCUUGUCCAGUGUUUGCUGCACUGAGAUGAGCAUAGUGUUGUGUACUGACUGUGCACCAUGACAGUGAAGCCUGUAGAGCUGUUUAUACCGUGUCAGUGUGAAAAGCUGGGAAUUAGCUAGGGAAACUUGACAGAUCAAUAACGUUACAUUGCUAUACUGACUAAUAAAAACUCACAUUACGCUGAAGAAACGUCAGAAUAUAUCGGUCUUCAAUCGUUUGGCCACUUGUUUCAUCAUUUAAUUCAGGUCUAGUGUGAUUGAGGCAAAAAUAAAAGCAAAAGUUAGUGAGCUAGCUAACGUUAGUCAACUUUUGGCCAGUUCUAGCUAAUGGUACAUCAAAUUUACUUAAGUUGAAACGGGACAAAACAAAAGGCUACAAAACAUUUCAAUACACACAACAGCUGUUAGAUACUGCUACCUGACAGAUAGCUAGAGGUUAGCUAGAGCUGAAUUGGCUGUGGUAGCUACUAGCUAGCUGCUAGUAGUUCAUUUACUUCAGUCAAGAGCUAACGUAACAUGUCAGUUACAAUACUAGCUCAGCACUGGGGAAUACAUAAUAAUUUUUCUCUCAAACAACAGUUACCUUGCCAGCUAGAUCAGUCAACUAAAGAGUAGCCAGUUUCUGCUCUGCUUGCUUUUACAACUCGGAGAAAAAGCGCAACACAGACAGCAGCUGCCUCUGAUCAUCUUUCCAGUGCUAGUCCUAUACACCAGCCUUUCAGAUGCUUUGCAUUCACACAGCCUAUCCGCGCACACUGUGGUAUCCGUGUGAACCUAAAUCCAGCCGGCUGAAACCGUAAAACAGCCUACCUGACCGCUCUGAGGCUGCCACAUGGUACUAAAGCACACCGGUGCCGCUUUUUGUAUCACAGUGCAAUUAUAAAACUGGCAGGGACAAAAAUGCAAUUUCAGAAUGUGGGGGGGGUCAUGUCCGUCCCCAGUGAAAGUUGCGCCCCUGAAUUAAUGCGAGAAGCGGAGUUACUUAGGCAUAUUCAAUAAUCUGCGUAAAGUGCCCACCUGUUGAGGAAACAAAAAGUUGCCUACAUUCAAUGGAAUAGAUUUGAUACUCAUUGACACCAUCCAAAACACUGAGAUGGCUUAUUAAGGGCUUCCCUGGUUUGGAACUAGCUAAUUACAACUGUUCAUGACAUCCGUUAUGUCAUUGGCACUGUGCUAUGCAGGCAGGCUAUGUAUGACAGUGGGUACAGGAAAAGCAAAGCAUUGCCAACAUGUAAAGGUGGAGCCUCAACCCUUUGAUACAUAUCUUCCCAAUCUUUUCUGUUUUAUGGUUGGCCAUAAAUUAUCAAAUGGAAAUCAGAUUUCCUUCCGUGAGAUCUCCUUGAUAUUCCCUAACGGAGCACCACGUCAUUAAAGAUAACUGCCUGGUCUCUAAUUGGAUUCACUUGAAUAAAGUCAGGAAUACCAGGUGGGGCAGAAUAUUUUUCCCACGCUGUUGGGGAUACAGGGUAAGGAUUUGAAUUGAUCAAUGAAUUCCAAUUUUUUUUAGGAGGGCAUGUGCCACAGAACGCUUCACAAAACUCAGACCAACCAACCUAAAAGCAAAUGUGUAUUGUGACAGGGGCGCAGAAAAUGGGGCGACAGUUGUAAAUUGAGUCUUUGGAGUGAUACCACACAACUAAAGGUGAAUUUAGGUCUAGCCAACUCUGAAGAGCCAACUCGGAAGAGCUAAGUACCAUUAAGUGCCAUCGCUUGUAUGUGAAUAGAAAUUCGUAGCAUGUGUGUUGGAGGCUGUUGGUUGAAAUUCUCCCAGAGAAUCUGAUGGUCUCAAAUAACAAGCCAAUUACCACAGAACGCGGGGCCUUUCCAAAGCAUACUUUCUGGUGCCCACGUGGAAAGAAAGCUCUUGCGGUGUUGAAUUUGAUUAAAUGCAGGCAAUAUAAUCAUUUGAUCUCUCCUCUACGUAAAAUGUUGUGGUUGACUGUGCAACGCAUCUGAUUUGGUGGCGACCGGGGCUGUGUCACUUUUUACUCGCUCAGGUUAGGGGAGACCGGGGGCCUAUAGGCAAUUUUAUUAGACUCUUUUCAACAUUAUUAGAAAGACCAAGGUCUUGGGUUGAAAUUGGUUCCCUUUUCAAAUAAAAUAAAAUUGUAUUUGCCACAUGCAAGCCCUUAACCAACAAUGCAGUUUUUAAGAAAAUAAAAAGAAAGUUAAGUAAAAAUAUAUAUAUAAAAAUAAAAUAAAAAGGCUAAUAAUUAAAGAGCAGCAGUAAAAUAAAAUAACAGUAGGGAGGCUAUAUACAGGGGGUACCGGUACAGAGUCAAUGUGCGAGGGCACCGGUUAGUCGAGGUAAUAUGUACAUGUGGGUAGAGUUAAAGUGACUAUGCAUAAAUAACAAACAGAGUAGCAGCAGCGUAAAAGAGGGGGUUGGGUUUGGGUGGGGGGGGGGGCAAUGCAAAUAGUCCCGGUAGACAUGAUCAGCUGUUCAGGAGUCUUAUGGCUUGGGGGUAGAAGCUGUCAAGAAGCCUUUUGGACCUAGACUUGGUGCUCCGGUGCUGUGUGAUAGCAGAGAGAACAGUCUAUGACUAGGGUGGCUGGAGUCUUUGACAAUUUGUAGGGCCUUCCUCUGACACCGCCUGGUAUAGAGGUCCUGGAUGGCAGGAAGCUUGGCCCCAGUGAUGCACUGGGCCGUACGCAUUACCCUUUGUAGUGCCUUGCGGUCAGAGGCCGAGCAGUUGCCAUACCAGGCGGUGAUGCAACCAGUCAGGAUGCUCUCGAUGGUGCAGCUGUAUAACUUUUUGAGGAUCUGAGGAGCCAUGCCAAAUCUUUUCAGUUUCCUGAGGGGGAAUAGGCUUUGUCUGUCCUCUUCAUGACUGUCUUGGUGUGUUUGGACCAUGAUAGUUUGGUGAUGUGGACACCAAGGAACUUGAAGCUCUCAACCUGUUCCACUACAGCCCCGUCGAUGAGAAUGGGGGCGUGCUAAGUCCUCUUUUUUCCCCCCUGUAGUCCACAAUCAUCUCCUUUGUCUUGAUCACGUUGAGGGAGAGGUUGUUAUCCUGGCACCACCCGGCCAGGUCUCUGACCUCGGUAUACGCUGUCUAAUCGUUGUCGGUGAUCAGGCCUACCACUGUUGUGUUGUCGGCAAACUUAAUGAUGAUGUUGGAGUCGUGCCUGGCCAUGCAGUCAUGGGUGAACAGGGAGUACAGGAGGGGACUGUGUUGAGGAUCAGCAUGGCAGAUUACCUACCCUUACCACCUGGGGGCGGCCCGUCAGGAAGUCCAGGAUCCAGUUGUAGAGGGAGGUGUUUCAUCCCAGGGUCCUUAGCUUAGUGAUGAGCUUUGAGGGCACUAUGGUGUUGAACACUGAGUUGUAGUCAAUGAAUAGCAUUCUCAUGUAGGUGUUCCUCUUGUCCAGGUGGGAAAGGGCAGUGUGGAGUGCAAUAGAGAUUGCAUCAUCUGUGGAUCUGUUGGGGCGGUAUGCAAAUUAGAGUGGGUCUAGGGUUUCUGGAAUAAUGGUGUUGUGAGCCAUGCACCAGCCUUUCAAAGCACUUCAUGGCUACAGACGUGAGUGCUAUGGGUCGUUAGUCAUUUAGGCAGGUUAUCUUAGUGUUCUUGGGCACAGGGACUAUGGUGGUCUGCUUGAAACAUGUUGGUAUUACAGACUGUCAGUUCUUUUUUUUAUCGUUAUAACUUAUUCCAAAAUGGGAGUUAUUACCUAUCAAACACACUGUCCACUUGAAAUGAAUACAUCGAUGUUGCCUACAGUCUUAGAAAUAGCCAGGCUAUUGUGAUUUUGAUUUAACAAUAUUCUUUACAAAAUUCAAAUUUAUACUUUGUAAGUAUAACUUUUUAUAUAACGAUCAACUGAGCAUAAAGGCUAUGAUUCUAAUUUCCACAUGGCUUUACCUAGCAACUCUGAAAUAAGUUUGAAAUAUAGCUCUUCCGUUCCUCAUUUCAACAGUUGUUCAUGAAUAUCCUACUCCCAUAAUUCAAACAAUAAAAUGACAAAUUUUCACUUUCACCUCUCAUAAAGACACACAAAUUCCCCUCACCUCAGUAUUUUGAGAUGCUGAUAUGAAUUAACAAGUGGAUGACCUCUUGCAAAGUAGUCACACAUUUUAAUCUUAUUAGGCUACAUAGCACCCUCUAGAUUGGGAGUAACAGACUAAACUAUACUGUGAAAAACAACCUACAGUGCCUUCAAAGUAUUCAGACCCCUUUACUUUUUACACAUUUUGUUAUGUUACAGCCUUAUUCUAAAAUAGAUUAAAUAAAACAUGUUCCUCAGCAAUCUACACACAAUACUCCAUAAUGACAAAGCGAAAACAGGUUUUUAGAAAUUUUUGCAAAUGUAUUAAAAAUAGAAAAAGAUACCUUAUUUACAUAAGUAUUCAAACCCUUUGCUAUGAGAAUCGAAAUUGAGCUCUGGUGCAUCCUGUUUCCAUUGAUCAUCCUUGAUGUUUCUACAACUUGAUUGGAGUCCACCUGUGGUAAAUUCAAUUGAUUGGACAUGAUUUGGAAAGGCAUACACCUGUCUAUAUAAGGCUCCACAGUUGACAGUGCAUGUCAGAGCAAAAACCAAGCCAUGAGGUCGAAGGAAUUGUCCAUAGCGCUCCGAGACAGGAUUGUGUCGAGGCACAGAUUUGGGGAAGUGUACCAAAAAAUCUCUGCAGCAUUGAAGGUCCCCAAGAACACAGUGGCCUCCAUCAUUCUUAAAUGGAAGAAGUUUGGAACCACCAAGCCGCCCGGCCAAACUGAGCAAUCGGGGGAGAAGGGCCUUGGUCAGGGAGGUGACCAAGAACCCAAUGGUCACUCUGACAUAGUUCUAGAGUUCCUCUGUGAAGAUUGGAGAACCUUCCAGAAGGACAACCAUCUCUGUAGCACUCCACCAAUCAGGCCUUUAUGGUAGAGUGGCCAGACGGAAGCCACUCCUUAGUAAAAGACACAUGACAGCCGCUUGGAGUUUGCCAAAAGGCACCUAAAGACUCUCAGACCAUGAGAAACAAGAUUCUCUGGUCUGAUGAAACCAAGAUUGAGCACUUUGGCUUGAAUGCCAAGCGUCAUGUCUGGAGGAGACCUGGCACCAUCCCUACGGUGAAGCAUGGUGAUGGCAGCAUCAUGCUGUGGGGAUGUUUUUCAGCUGCAGGGACUGGGAGACUAGGCAGGAUCAAGGCAAAGAUGAAUGGAGCAAAGUACAGAGAUCCUUGAUGAAAACCUGCUCCAGAGCGCUCAGCACCUGAGACUGGGUCGAAGGUUCACCUUCCAACAGGACAACGACCCUAAGCACACAGCCAAGACAACGCAGGAGUUGCUUCGGGGAUAAAUCUCUGAAUGUCCUUGAGUGGCCCAGCCAGAGCCCGACUUGAACCCGAUCGAACAUCGCUGAAGAGACCUGAAAAUAGCUGUGCAGCAACGCUCCCCAUCCAACCUGACAGAGCUUGAGAGGAUCUGCAGAGAAGAAUGGGAGAAACUCCCCAAAUACAGGUGUGCCAAGUAUUCAUACCCAAGAAGACUCAAGGCUGUAUUCGCUGCCAAAGGUUCUUCAACAAAGUACUGAGUAAAGGCUCUGAAUACUUAUGUAAUAUUUCAGUUUUUUAUUUGUUAUGCAUUUGCUAACAUUUCUAAAAAACCGUUUUUUGCUUUGUCAUUAUGGGGUAUUAUGUGUAGAUUGAGGGGGAAAACAACAAUUUAUUCAAUUUUUGAAUAAAACUGUAACGUAACAAAAUGUGGAAAAAGUAAAGGGGUCUGAACUUUCCGAAUGCACUGUAUUAUCCCUUUCAAACCAAGAUGAAGCCGCUAACUUUACCAUGCCGUUAACUUUUUGCAACCUUUUCUUCAUAUCUGAAAGGUGUUGCCAGUAACAAAGCCUGUACUUACAGUGGGGAGAACAAGUUUUUGAUACACUGCUGAUUUUGCAGGUUUUCCUACUUACAAAGCAUGUAGAGGUCUGUAAUUUUUAUCAUAGGUACACUUCAACUGUGAGAGACGGAAUCUAAAACAAAAAUCCAGAAAAUCACAUUGUAUGAUUUUAAAGUAAUUAAUUUGCAUUUUAUUGCAUGACACAGGUUUCUAAAGCACAUACAGGCCAAGCUCUCAAAAAGGACAGGGCUUGGGCUCUGUUUGAAAAUAUCACUUUUUUGUUGCAUGUGCUCUGUUUAGAUAGAUAACUUGAUGAACUACUGAUUUCAUUUGCAUGGCGCAGCCAUGUAGCUUAUAGGCACAGACCAGUAACAUAACUAAACUCAAUAUGAUAUUCUAUUCUUUAUAAAGUUUCUUAGGACUAAACUAUAUGAAGUAAAAAAUGAGUUCUUUGUGAUGCUGUAUAUUCAGUGGAUUUAUUAAAAUAGACUCCCACCCACAUCGGCCCAGUGCGAUGGUGUGAUCACAGAGGCUGGUGAUGAAUCAAUCAAUACAUUGUUGCACUGAUGUAUUGCGAACGAACAGGACAGGCAGAGAGAGAUGAGCACAUAAAAAAAUACCAUCCUAAUAUUAAGAGUCCUCCCACACCCCCAGCCCUGCCCCUUUUUUUCCCUCACCGUCGGGACCACCAUUCGAACUGGUCUGAAUUGCUAGUUGGGUGAUGCGUUGGGGGCAUUCCAAUUGGUUCGUUCUGUGGAACAGAAUCUGAUGGUUGUCUAUUGUAUUUAAUUUGAGCUUAAAAGGGCAUGGAACAAUUCUCUGAUUGUAUUGGUAUAAAGAGUGGGCAUUGUCUGGUAACAACUGUGCUGCCUGGAGCUGUAUGCAUGGAAAUGUGUAUUGGUGGGGUUACUGUUAAGGUGAGGGGUUUAUUAUUAAUGAAAAUGGGGGCAUGUGUUUUGGGGGUUUGUGUAAGAGGUUCUUAUGAUCAUUAACCACAUUGCCGUUUUGGGGUGAUUUAAUGUGCCUUUCGUUAAAUUAUUGGUUUCAUUACCCAUUACGUGUGCCCACACAAGCUAAGACACACACACAGCUACAUAGACUUAACGACACACGCGCACACACAGGAUGAUGCCUCUUGAGGAGUUUAAUCCUGUAAAUAAAAUACGACACACACUUCCUCUCUUUCCUUUUCUCCCGCACUCACCCCUUUCCCCCUUUCUUUACUGUUUUCCAGUCGUUCCAGCCGGAUGAACAGCUGGACCACAGUCUGAUCCAAGAGGUAGCCAGCACCAUCGUGGGCACACUGUCUAAGCGUCACAACAGCACAGUCAUGCUGGCAGUCAUUGAGGUCAAAGUGGAAACGCAGGUCAUGCCCCCCACAGUGGGUAAGUAAAAUGCCCAAGGUUGACCCCCAGGGCUGUGUUGUUGCAGAACGUUUACUUCCUCAUUUAGGCUCUGCCUUCCUAAAGGCACUAAGUGGACCUGAAGCGAAUUGAUUUUAUAGCCGCGGGUCAUAAAACACUGUGACAGCGGCCGUCAGCCCGGUCUAGUGAUUUGACGUGGCGUACAUCUCUGAAACAGGACUUAAAAACCCCUGCGUGUUACCUUAAUGGGGUGACUCACUAACAACCUCACUGUCUGCGCACUUGGCGACGUGCAGUGCAUCCAUGUACAAUAUUAAAUGUCAUGAGACCUUAAGAUGACCAAUGGCACAUAGGGAGAAUGGUCUUUCAUCCUUGCAUUCUAACUUGGCUGCCUCAGCUCCUCUACUUAAAUAUGCACUAUGCAGAAAUUGCUCCACCAUUUCCUGAUUGCAAAAAUGUGAGUAAUUUGCUUAAUUUCAGUUUACGUGACAGAACAAGCAAGUAUAGGGUGGAGCAUCAUUGUACCAUCAAAAAUAUUGUGUUUGCAGAUGUUUGAACCGAAAGCGAAAGACUCAAAAACAAGACUUGAGCACGGGAAGCAUAGAAAUGGAACAGAUCUACCACUUCUUAGACUUCCUUUAAUGAGUGACAGAUCUAUAACUCACAUUUCUAUGUGAAUUUGGUCAGGUCGCCCAAAAAGUUACAUAUUAUUGCUUUAAACAUUUUGCUGUGUUUUAUGUUAUUGAGCAAUCCAUUUGAACCCAGUUUCUUCUCUCUCUUUCUGUAUUUCCCUCUUUCUCUCGGUGUCGUGGCAUAGACUACCUUGUGCCCAUUCUGUGCGUGGUCUUCUGCGUGCUCUGGCUGUUCUGCAUCAUUGUGUGCGUGUGGUGGACGCGCAAGCGGAGAAAAGAGCGUGAGAGGAGGGCAUGCGGCCCCGUCGAAGAGAGCGUCAACAACCAGUGGGAGCCCCUGCGGCCUGUUGGAGGACGUCAACAACAACAACAGCAGCAGCUCAAAGACAACAACAAGGAGGCCCAGCAGGAGCGCAAGAAGCUCAUGGGCUCCCCCUACAGGAUGCAUGAUGGAGGGGAGGACGAGGAGGAGACGGAGGGAGAGAUGGAGUUCGAGGAGGAAGAUGUAGAAGUGGAAGCGGGCAAGGGGCCCAUCUGUAAGUACUCUAAAACCGGGGUGCAGUCCAAAGGGGACGUGAUCUGCACUUCACGGAGUUUGCCCUUAAAAGCACCCAACCGGACCACCACCAAAGACAACCGCUGGAAAAAUGUCAACGCCACCCUGGCUGGCCAAGACGUCAAAGACCAUUUUGUA